UCCUCACACACUCCCCCCUCCCCCCACUACUCCUUUCGUCUCCAACCCCUCGCCGCCGCCGCCACCCAAAACCCUACCCUUCCCCUCCCCGUAUUCUAAUGGCGCUGCAACCAAUCCGGCACAGCUGCUAGCAAUCGACUCCCAUCAUCCGCGCGCGUCGAGUAGCUCCGUGAACCUACCGCAGCCUCUCCUCUCUCUCUCUCUCCGGCGCCGCCCCCCCCCCCCCCCCCCCCCGCGUCUCGCCAUGGCGACCCUCAACAUGUUCGACAUCCUCGGUGCGGACGACAACGACGACCCCUCGCAGCUGCUGGCCGCGGCCGCGGCCGCGGCGCAGAAGGCCGAGGCGAAGAAGGCCGCCGCCGCCGCGGCGGCGCCCGCUGGGAAGGCGGCCCAGGCCGCGUCGGCCGCCGCCAAGUUCCCCACCAAGCCCGCUCCCCCCACCCAGGCUGCGCGGGAGGCACGGGGUGGUGGUGCACCAUCACGUGGAGGAUUUGGCCGUGGUGAGCGUGGCCGUGGCAGAGGUGGACGGGGAUAUGGCCAGAACCGUGAUUUUGGUGGAGACAAUGCCAAUGGCUACCAGGGUGGUUACGGUGGAGGCUAUGGAGAUGGGGCUGUUGCUGCUGGUGGAGAAGGUGACAGGGAGAGAGGCCCUCGAGCUCCAUUCCAUGGAGGUAGGCGUGGUGGCUACCGAAAUGGUGAAUAUGGGGAUGAUUCUGAGAGGCCGCCCCGGAGAAAUUAUGAGCGCCACAGUGGUACUGGCCGUGGUUAUGAGAUGAAGCGUGAUGGUGCAGGGCGUGGGAACUGGGGAACUGCUACUGAUGAGGCUCUUGCACAGGAGACUGAGGAAGCCUUGAAGGUUGAGGAGAGUGCUCCUAUUGCUGAGAAACAGGGUGAGCAGGAUGAUGCUCCAACUGGAGAGAAGGAUAACAAGGAGGGUGCUGCAAAUGAGGAAGAAGAGAAGGAAGAGGAUAAGGAGAUGACUCUUGAGGAGUUUGAGAAAUUAAGGGAGGAAAAGCGGAAAGCUCUUCUUGCUUUCAAGGCUGAAGAGAGGAAGGUUGAGGUCGAUAAGGACCUGCAGUCUAUGCAGCCACUUUCUACCAAGAAAGGAAAUGAUGAAAUUUUCAUUAAGCUGGGUUCUGACAAGGAUAAGAAGAAGGAAAAUGCUGAGCGCGAUGAGCGUGCCAAGAAGUCUGUGAGCAUCAAUGAGUUCCUGAAGCCUGCGGAAGGAGAAAGGUACUAUGGCGGCCGUGGUCGUGGAAGGGGGCGUGGAGAUCGUGGCGGUCGUGGAUAUGGUGGUGGUUACCAACGUGGCCCAUAUUCUACAUCUGCACCAUCCAUUGAAGAUCAGGCUCAGUUCCCAACCCUUGGUGGGAAGCCGCGUGCGUGAACGGUCUAAGAGCAUCGCAGCAUUGUUUUUACUGGUGUCACCUUUAAAUUUUGCCCGCAGUUGAAUCAUAUUGUCACGGUUAAUCGGAACAAAUAAUGGUGUUGCCUGUGCCUUUUUUCCAUCGUGUGUUGGUCUACUUUGUAUACCGGAGUUGCUUGUCAGAAUUAGCCUCUAAUUUUGUAGGCUAGCUUUUACCAUUUUGUUAAAAAUCUGCAUUCCUUGCAUGUUUAUUA